UAAAAUAGAUAUAAUAAGAAUCACACUUUACCAGUAUACCAAAGUCUACAAAGGCAACUAGGUUUUUAAAGGUUCAGUUAAAAAUGAAAGGAUUGAUAUCCUUUUCGUUUAACUGGAGAAUUAUUGCAUUGAUAGCACUUGAGCUAGGCUGCAUUGUAUGCUUGCCGCAGAGGUCACGAAGGGAGGUAACUACGUACACGGUGGAUGUAAAGGUUUUCACAGACAUUGAAAUGUUUAACGGAUGGGUAAAGAUGGUCAAUGAAACAGCAUUAGAGAAAAAUAAUGACACUCUCAAAGUAUUGACACAAAGUAAACUAAAAGAAUACAUAUCGUUGUCCUUUCAGCAGGCGAGUUCUAGGUUUAGUACUCUUAGAAAUUCCGUAAAUCCUUUUAUGGUGAAAUUACAACUCGUAGAUGUUUCAUUUGAUUAUAAUCUUCUUGGGACUUCACUCACAAUAGACGCUAAUGAAUCGCUCUACAAAUUUAGAGACUGGCUCAGCUCAAGUAAAGAAUCGAACGGAUUGUUUGAUCAUGCGAUGCUCUUGACCUCACGAAAAUUGACAUCAAUGCAGAUCCUAGGUGGGGAUAUUCAAGGGCGUGCUUUUAUUGGUAGACUGUGCUACACUGACGGCACUAGUUCAUCCAUUAUAGAGGACAACGGAGGUUUUCAAAGCAGUUUUACAAUGGCCCACGAGAUAGCUCAUAGCCUUGGAGCCAAACACGACAGUGAAGAAAAUACCGGCUGUAGUGAUAACAGCUUCAACACCAUGUCCGGCUCGGCUCCGGCUCUUGGAGCCGUGUUCACACAGUGGUAUUUCUCCAGCUGCUCGGCCAACACCAUCAAAACCUAUAUCGACAACAUCCCAAAUGUAGCCGACAUAAGACAAAAUUGUUUGACAGCGACCUGGCCACCACUACCAGAAUUUACAAACUCUCUGAAUUCAAUUCCUGGACAAAUAUUCCCGCCAAUCGAACAAUGUCGUCUGAUGUACGGCCGGUCUUCCAGUGUGUGUUACGGUGGUACCUUCAGUCAAGUCAAUGAGAUCUGCACGUCCAUGUGGUGUCUUGACCCGCAGGUUGCAGGUGGCACCACCUGCAAGAAACAUUUCGCGGCUGAGGGCUCGUCCUGUGGAGAUGGACAGUGGUGCAGUCUAGGCAAGUGUACAACUGAUCCAAGGGCACCGGUUCUUGGAGGUGAGUAG